UUUCCGGUUCCGGCUGUACCACAACGUGCCCCAGCCACCACACCUUGCACAUGAUGCUGCUGAGCCGCGUGAUGAGACGCGCCGGGCUGGCGAGGGCGAUCGUUUGGUGCGGCGCGCAGCCCAGCAGGGAGAAGCACAUGUCCCUCGACCUCCGUGAAGGUAUGGCGCUCCCGUCCACCUGGGACCGCUUCUACACGGAGAAGCGCGCCGGCGACUUCCGCCACUUCGACUGGUUCUUCGGCUACCACGCCGUCUCGGAGCAGCUGGUGCCGUUCGUGCGCGGCGGGGCCCGCGACGGAGUGUGCCACGUGUUGGACGUGGGCUGCGGCACGUCGGACUUUGGCGCGUCGCUCUACCGCGCCUCGCGCCUGCCCGUGCACGUGAACUGCGUCGACUUCUCGCCCGUCGCCGUGGAGCUGAUGGAACGCCAGUGGCGCGAGCACCCGCCGGCGCCGGGACACCCGGCCUCCACGCUGCGCUUCGUGCUGGCCGACGCGGCACGCCUCGGCGGUCUUCCGGGCUUUGAGGACGGCACCUUCGGCCUCGUGCUGGACAAGGGCACGGUGGACGCGGCAAUCCGCGCCAACGACGGGGGGCGAGCGGCGCGCCGGCUGCUCGCCGAGGGGCUGCGUCUCUUGCGGCCCGGCUGCGGCGCCCUGCUGCAGUUCUCGGACGAAGACCCCGACGCGCGCUGCCCCUGGCUGGAGGAGGCGGCGGUGGUGGCCGGCGGGGGGCCAGGCCGCGUGGCCGUGACGGCCCGCGAGCUGGGAGAGUUUCGAGGCGUCGCAUACUACAUGUACGUGCUGCGCAAGCAGGAAGUCGACGAUGACGAAGAUGACGACGAUGACGAUGACGAUGAUAAGAAAAAGGACUGAGGAAGAGUGGUGCUGGUAGAUGGGAGAGUGUCCGGUGCGGUAUUAUUACUCGGCAUGUAAUGAUUAAACGCCCCUCCCCAACUAAUAUACCUAGCAAUCUUUGGUUGCAACAUAAUUUUGGUUCAUGAAUCGGAUAGACAUCAAUUCUUGUCUUAUUUUUACCAUCUCGUUUCUUUUGUUUAUUAUGUUUUCUGUCCCGCUUGGACCGUUUUACUGGCUUCCUUAGUGUAUAUUAAAUUUAAAAAAUAAUAAAUGGUUAAACAUUUCCUCUUGUAAAGACUCUAGUGGCUGCAGGGUUCACAUGAGUGAAUUGCAAAAAAAAAUUACACUCAUGGUUCGAUGCAUGUAUCGGCAUGCCAUUCGGUGAAUUGAUGCAUCGUUACAUGCCUGGUAAAUACUGUUGCAUUAGUUAUAAUUUUUGACCUAAUGAUAAGAGGGUGAUUGUCAUAGUUAACUUGGGGGUGGCUUCAUUAGUCCGCGAGCUGUGAUCUGCUGAAACCUAGAGCGCUUGUUUAUUUUUAUAUAAAAUAAUUCCAAUGCUGCAGGUAAUAUAUUCUCUUGAAUUGGGGUGGCCUGCAUAACUACUGCCAAGCCAUUUAAAUCAUUCCAUUGUCCAUCAUUUUUUUUAUUUGGGUUAGAUUGCGCAAAUAUAAAUGUGUCGUUAAACCCGCCACCACCCGACACAGCCAAUUAGUAAGGUUUGUCAUGUAAACAGAACAUGCCAAUCCACAACAUUUACAAUCUGAGUACGACAUUUCGCCAGUAAUUACAACUAGCUUCAUCAGGCGACAGCCAGAUUUGCGGAGAAAUACUUCGAUUCAAUGACACAUUUAUAUUUACGCAAUAUAAUCCAAAAAAACCUAUAUCAUGGAUGAUAUUGGGUGCGAAAGCCUCCGUGUUAAACAUUCCAUUGUCGUUAAUUUGCUUCUUUUGCUAAAUUGGCUGGUUGCAUUCAUGGCAAUUGCACCGACUGCUGUAUUGGUGCGAAUGUAACUGCAUCAGCCAACCCGGACUCCUUCCUUUUAACUCCAGUGCCUCCUGACAGUGGGCACUUGAAUAUUUAUCAUGCCAGUUGAUUUAUCUACCGGCUCUGGACACCCACACAGUAAAAGAGAAAGAAAAAGUUGGUGUUACAAU